AUGCUUCUUUGUCUGGCUCCCGACGCCCAAGUGUCCCCCACCACCACCCAAGACACAACCUCAUUGAAGCAAACCUGCAGGAACUUGGUCUGGUGGGCCACAAGCACCAAAAGAAGAACAAGAGGAAGGUUGUCGAAUUUAGAUCCCCUGCAGAUCACAGCGACGGUACCAGCUCCCUGAACCAUUUAGAACUUGUCUAGGAGCUCAGGCCGCUCAUGACUUUCCUAGGAGGAUUGCGCCCCGGCUCGCGCAGCUCCAAUAACACCUCGUCCACCGCCACUGCAAAGCCUUCUUCCUCACACGGCCAAGUACCCUUACACAGUGCCCGCGGCAUGGCGCCUGUGCUCGACAUCGAGAGGUCGCGUACCAGACGAGAACGUACCUUCAUAGGCAGCGAUUGUGCAGUAUGUGAAGAGGCGUUGGAGCAUACGCUGCGAGGCGAGCGCAUAUUGCAGCUGUCGUGUGGGCAUGUCUCCCACGAAGCUUGCUUCUACGAGUACAUUCGCGAGUUCGAGGCGAAGGAGUGCCCGACAUGUAAUGCCACACUUGGGCUUGACACCAGCCGCGGGGGCAACAUUGACCUCGAGAAAAUAGUCAGAUCAGUCCAGUCCGACGUGUCGCCGCAGACCAGUAGCCAAAGGAGCAACGCGCCCACGCCGACACCAUGGGACAACGCGUCGACGAUGCACUCGGUCAGUGGCCACACACAAGGCCGUUCACGUAAUGGCAGCGAUGCAUCGGCUCGGUUCGCACCGUCGCACCACACACGCCAACGGGACAGCAGUCACAGCCGCGAGCGCGGCUCUGACCGAGGCGGCUCCAUGUCGCGCCAGCAUCUGCGCAGCGAUAGUGGUGCAACUGGUGCUGCCUCUUCGCAUGACUACGCGGCGGCGCAGGAUGGUCGGCGACACGAUUACGACGUACAGUCGAUGGAAACAAGUCUCAGCAGCCCACGCGCACUCCUGAAGAACCCAAUUCCGGCGCCAACGGUGACGGUUCGAAGCGAGUUCCCGACACUCAGCAGGUCGCGUCAGCAGCAAAGUCUGACGUGUUUGGUGACGGUCGAAGUGGUGGAGGGGAAAUGGCGGCCAGACCCGGAGGAUAUGCGAGGUGCACCGCCCCUGCCCUCAAUAGCAAGCGCAACCGCCGAGAGCUCGUUUGGGCGCGCCAAAUCACCAGUACACAACAGGCACGCAGGUUACGAAUAUGAUACCCCAUACGAGUCCGAAGGAGUCUUGGAUGAAGUCACUGAGGAUCUUCACUCUCGUGUCGACAACUGGCAUGGUCUUGACUUCUCCCGUUUUGGGAAGCUGCGCCUGCAUGGCCAGAUCCGCGUCGGGAAGGACCGACAAUCAUGGCAGGAGCUCGAAUGUUAUCUCUUCUCGGAGAUGCUUAUCUGCGUAAAAGAAAAGAAAGCUCCUGCCCAGCCUCAAUGGGAUGAUUCGAAGGCGUCCAGAUCAAAGAAGACAAAGUGCACUUUGAAAGGCUCCAUCCUCAUCAAGAAGCAUCUCAAUCAAGUUGAGCACUCGCCCGAUAACUUCAUUCUCACCUUGAGCCUCUCCGUAGCAGAGUUACCCUCUUUCCACUUACAGUUCCAGGACAGAAGUCAGCUGGAGAUAUGGCGACGAGCCCUGAUGGAAAUUCGCUUGGACUUGCCCAUGAACAGAGGAAUGCCAGAUUACGAUCAAGACCACUCCGGAACCGAGGAGGACGACUACCGAAGACCGAAGCGGGUCUCAUCUGUCAACUCUUCCUACGGCGCAGCUCGAUCAACAAUGACUGCUCCCACCGAAUACACCAGCCCUCGUGCGAGUCCUCCGGAACCCCGCUUGUCUGGCUCCAUUCACGUACCCAUCGAUGUUGUCGUGGUAAUCCCUGUCUCGUCAUCGAUGCAAGGCUUGAAGAUCAAUUUACUGAAGGACACCCUCAGAUUCCUUGUUCACAGCCUCGGCGAACGUGACCGCAUGGGGCUCGUGACGUUUGGGUCAAGUGGAGGCGGGGUACCUAUCGUUGGCAUGACUAGUAAGGCAUGGAGAGACUGGUCCAAGGUGCUCGACUCGAUUCGACCUGUGGGCCAGAAGAGUCUCCGUGCAGAUGUGGUGGAUGGUGCCAAUGUGGCCAUGGAUUUGCUGAUGCAACGCAAGUCAAGCAACCCGCUAUCAAGCAUACUGCUCAUCAGCGACUCGUCUACGUCGGACGCUGAGAGCGUUGAUUUCGUAAUCUCUCGUGCCGAGGCUGCAAAGGUUUCCAUUCAUUCAUUCGGUCUUGGACUUACCCACAAGCCUGAUACCAUGAUCGAGCUGUCUACACGUACCAAAGCGUCAUACACUUACGUCAAGGACUGGAUGAUGCUGCGCGAGUGUGCCGCGGGAUGUCUCGGGGCACUUCAAUCUACUUCACACCAGAACGUCAGGCUGAAGUUGCGUCUCCCUGAGGGUUCACCUGCAAAAUUCGUUAAGAUCAGUGGCGCGUUGCAAAUUACGAAACGAGCCACUGGAAGAGAUGCCGAGGCUUCACUUGGCGAUUUGCGCUUCGGCGACAAGCGAGAUAUCUUGGUGCAGCUUGCCAUCGCGCCUGACUCAGGAUCGCCUGACCAGCUUCUCCAGGAUCCUUGGGAGACAAUAGUUUCUGGCUUGGAAGCCUUGGGCGGGCCUCUGGACCAGGAUGAUUCCCGCACACUUAGCGUCGAGGAAGUACCACUGAUCCAAGCGGACCUCACGUAUGGAGACAUUCUCAGGGAAGGAACCCUGUCACACCUGGCCAGACCAUCACUGCUUGCCAUCACUCUGCUGCCUUCUGGACCGAAGAAGGCCUCGACCGCGUUUCCAUCAACACCGCCUAUUCCUCCCCACCCACAUGUCGUUCAACGCCGUAUGGAAUUGUUAACAUCGGAUAUGUUGACCAGAGCACUUACCCUAGUUUCCCGCGGCCAACAUGAACGAGCUCACCAUCUCUUGAAAGAGACCCGGAGUAUUCUAAAGGGGUUAGGCAAAGGAGGCUUGCCCCCUCUGCCGCCUCCAGGUCAGCGACGAACAGAUGCACCCAGCAUGACUGGUAGCACCGGGACCUCGUCGCCUACACAAAGCAGUGCUGGCGAUCUUCGACCACGGACGCCUUCGCCACACGCUAAUAGUCCUUUUACCCCCGCAGCAGGCAUCGAUGCCAGGACGAUGCAUGCACUUGACGCCGAACUGGAGUCCAGCCUGGAAUGGAUCAACCACCCCGCAGUUUUCGGCCGAGACUCGAGGAAGGCUGUGUUGCAGGCGAUCGGCGUCAUUUCAUCACAGCGCGCCUACACGUUCAGGUCACCCUCCGAAUCGCUCUGGGCCGAGCGUGUUGCGGGUGUCAAGCGCCUCUCUGAACGCUCGCGCGAAUGGCGUGAGUCUGGCGACCAAGAAGCUCUCAUGGAGGAGAACUAAUUUAUCCUCCCCUUCUCCCGAGCUCUACGACUUUCUUGUACAUGUUGAUCAUACUACAUCAUAACUCGGUUACUUCAUACGGCUUUUGUUUUCUUAUCGGCUACUAUACCCCUGGCGAUUGGCUCUCUGAACUUUGUUCACGGUUAGGACCGGACUGGUGGAUCAUUGCUUCGCUUGAUCGUGGAGGCUGACACCAUUCUGUCGUAUUCAUGAAGGAUACCACUAUCGGUCGUCUGUGUUUGGUUUUAUCAGACUUGGCCUGGAAAAUUUGAAAUUUAGCGUAGUUUCUGUCCCAUUUGGACUGAUAUCACGAGCAUAUCAACUUUUAGCGCAUAGAUUUACGAAUAUUCCCCAUCAAAGACGUUGCUUCAGCCCCACUCAGCAUAUCUACUGUUACUUAGUUCACUAGCCAAGGCGCUGCAACUUGGCGAAUGCGAAACAGAAAUUGAGCACGAGGGCGCAUGUUGGAUCUGCAGAUUCCAAACAUCUUGAGCACCUG